CAGGGAGCUUUGAAAUUUUCUUUGAAAACAGUAUUAUAUAAAAUAAUAUCUAAUUUUUUUCAAAGAUGAUGAUAUUCCAUCCACGAGCGCUGCAGCAGCAAUGUGUCGUGAUGCUACGAUGAUACAGCAGUGGAAUAUAGCACAAAUGGUCAAAUACUUGGGCUCACAUGAAUUAUUCGUAUUAUUUGCCGAGGUAUACGGUCUGUUGCCAAAAAGUCGGCUUUGUGUCAUUCACAAAACUCAAAUGGCAUUGCACAAACGCCACGUAGGGUAUUUUAAAUGCUCUAGGGGCAAUUGUAGGACGAAGUCCCUUAUUUCAAGGGCAGCGGGCACGUGGUUUGAAGGCGUCAAAAUAAGCUUUCCCCACGUGUUUUACAUAAUGUAUUUUACUCGGGAAGGUAUUUAUAGGGAAAAUUAUGUGAGCGUUGGAAAGAAACUGUCAUCUGCCACUAUCUCCGACUGGUAUAGCUACUGCAGGGAAGCGGUAGUUAUAUUUCAGUUAGACCACCAAGAAUUCAAAGGGAAGAUUGGUGGUCCAGGUAAGGUAGUGCAGAUUGACGAAAGUAAAUUCGGGAAACGCAAAUACAACAAAGGAAGACGCGUAGAAGGGCAUUGGGUGCUGGGAAUGAUAGAGGAUGGCAGUGAGGACCUCAGACUGGAGGUAUGCUCUGACAAUGUACGUUCCGCUGAGGUCCUCAUCCCUCUUAUUCGUAAACAUGUUCACGAAGGAACAACCAUAAGGACCGAUUUUUGGCGCGCAUAUGAAUGCCUCCCGGAGUAUGGUUACAACCAUGAAAAGGUUAACCAUAGUGACCCUGGCAAUCCAUUCGUCGCCGAGGAUGGCACACACACUCAAAGAAUAGAGUCGCAUUGGCGUGUAGUAAAAAGAUUCUUUUACAAAGAUAACUAUAAUAAUCCGGCAAACUUUGCUGAUGUUAUAGUGGAAUUUUUAUGGAGGCGGGAAAUCCAAAAAAAACAUACAGACCCAUUUAUUGCGUUACUGGGUGUUAUUAAAUACAUAUGUGUAUAA